AAGAGACGCGGUGAUAUCUGCAACAACUGCCUAAGAGAGCUAGAAGGUUGGAGGCAGACUACGUUAUCCGCCUGAAGCACCCUUUUUCUCCUCGCCGUUCGCCGCCUCUGCCUCGCCUCCGCCGCCGUACCAUAUCCGCUCUGCUCUUUCCUUCGUAGCUGUGCCUCUGCUCUCCUCUCUUUCUCUCUCCACUGUCGCCGCCGUUCUAGCCAGGUAGGAUCCAAACAACUUCAAAGUAGAACAUGCAUUGUAAAUCACAACCAGUGCAAUGCAAUCCUGCAUUACAUUGAAGACUCUGAACAAACAUUGCUGCACCGCAACCUCCUGUGAGCUGCUGUAGCUUCCAUUGCCAAUGACUCUCUCAUCUCUUCACUUCCACCACCACCCUCUCCUCCCCCACACACUAACAACAAAACUUCACCCAAAACUCUUCACUCCCACUCCCCCUUCUUCUUUUUCUUCCAUUCAAACGUUCAAAGUUUCUGUAGUUUCAUCUUCAGCUUCCGCAAUAACACACCAACACCAUGAACACCCGCUCCCACCAAAUUUCUCACCCACCGAACUCCUUGAUCUCUUGCGCUGUCAAAACGAUGAGUUGUCUGCAAUUCGCAUCUUCCAAUGGGCGGCAAAACAGCCCAAUUUCUCACCCAACCUCACCAUCUACAAUGAAAUCCUUCGUCAUCUUGGCAAUGUUGGUUACUUAGAUUCAAUGUUAAAUGUACUUGGUGAAAUGAAGUCUACAAAUUGCACUGUCGAUUCAAGUACUUUUAUAAUCUUCAUUGAGAGUUAUGCUAAUUUUAACUCACAUGAAAGGAUUAUCGAACUCGUCCAAUUGAUGGAAAAUGAGUUUGGGUUGAAGCCUGAUACACAUUUUUAUAACAUUGCUUUGAAUGUUCUUGUUGAAGGCGGAAAGCUUAGGCUAGUGGAAAAUUUGCAUUCGAAGAUGAUUAACAAUGGAGUUAGACCUGAUGUUUCAACUUUCAAUAUCAUAAUUAAGGCUCUGUGCAAGGCGCAUCAGUUGAGGCCUGCGAUUUUGAUGCUUGAGGAUAUGGGGAGUUAUGAUCUGGUGCCGGAUGAGAUGACAUACACAACACUGAUGCAGGGUUUCAUUGAGGAAGGAGACAUGAGGGGUGCCUUGAGGAUCAAGGAACAGAUGGUUGAGUCUAGGUGCCUGAUGACGAAUGUGUCGGUGAAUGUUCUCGUGAAUGGUUUUUGCAAAGAUGGGAGAGUUGAGGAGGCAUUGAGGUUUAUUGACGGGGUUUCUGACGAAGGUUUUUCCCCAAAUCAAGUUACACUAAAUGCAUUGGUAAAUGGAUUGUGCAAGAUUGGGCAUAUCAAGGAAGCUUUGGAGAUGAUGGAUUUCAUGCUCGAGAGAGCGUUCGACUUGGAUGUGCACACGUACAACUCAUUGAUUUUUGGGUUGUGUAGGUCAGACGAGGUUGAUGAGGCGGUGGAGAUUCUUGAGCAGAUGCUUUCAAGGGAUUGUUCACCGAACACUGAAACUUACAACAUGCUGAUUAGCACUCUGUGCAAGGAGAACCAUGUUGAAGCAGCCACUAAACUUGUCCAUGUGCUUACUUCUAGGGGGAUUUUGCCCAAUGUUUCCACGUUCAAUACUUUGAUACAAGGCCUCUGCAUGGCCAGUAAUCGCGAAAUUGCUAUGGUGCUGUUCAUGGAGAUGAAGAAAGGAGGGUGUCGGCCGAAUGAAUUCACAUACAGUAUAUUGAUUGACAGCCUAUGCUCCGAGAGGAAACUUAAAGAAGCUUUGUUGCUACUUAAAGAAAUGGAGGCAAAUCGCUGCACUAGGAAUGUGGUAGUGUACAAUACUCUGAUUGAUGGUUUGUGCAAGAACAAAAGGAUUAAAGAAGCUGAGGAGAUCUUUGACCGGAUGGAGCUUGAGGGUGUGUCAAGAAAUUCAGUAACCUAUAACACACUCAUUGACGGCCUGUGCAAAAGUAAGAGAACAGAAGAAGCUGCACAACUUAUGGAUCAGAUGAUAACAGAAGGAUUAAAGCCGGAUAAGUACACUUAUAAUUCAAUGCUUGCACACUAUUGCCGAAAUGGGGAUAUAAAGAAAUCUGCUGAAAUUGUGCAGACCAUGAGUUCAAAUGGGAUUGAACCGGACAUUGUAACCUAUGGGACCCUUAUUCAAGGACUGUGUAAGGCUGGUAGGACAGAGGUUGCAAGUAGGCUUCUCAGAUCAGUUCAGAUGAAAGGCAUGGUCUUGACUCCGCGCACUUAUAACCCGGUGCUUCAAGCACUCUUUAAAAGAAAGAGAAUAAAAGAAGGUAUGAGGCUGUUUAGAGAAAUGAUGGAGAAAGCUGAUCCUCCAGAUGCUUUAACGUACAAAAUCGUUUUCCGCGGCCUUUGUAAUGGUGGUGGUUCCAUACAAGAGGCUGUCGACUUCACCGUUGAGAUGCUGGAGAAAGGAAUAUUGCCAGAGUUCCCGUCGUUUUGUUUCUUGGCAGAAGGUCUUUGUUCUUUGUCCAGGGAGGAGACACUCAUUGAACUCAUCAAUAUGGUGAUGGAGAAAGCAAAGUUAUCGCAGGGGGAAGCAUCUAUGAUUAGGGGAUUCCUCAAGAUCCAAAAAUUUAGUGAUGCAUUGGCCAAUCUUGGUGGUAUCUUAGAAAGGCAAAACAAGCCCAGAAGAUUUUAGUGGUGAAAAAGUUUUGCUGUUUUGUUGUAACUUUACGAUGAUGUUCCAACGUGUAUAACAACCGGAAAGCACCUUAUUACACCGGAUAAGUUUCUGUUACAUAAAUUCUGUCAAUAUAUUUUAGCAAUUAAGGCUUUGUUCUAGUUGGCCUUAUUAAGUUA